AGUGCAGCAGUGCAGGAAUAAAAAACAGACCCAUUGAUACGAGAUAGCUUCCUAACCUUAAAAAUGCCGUUUUUAACAAUAUAUUGUUCUCUUUACGAUACCAAGUAUUCAAUUUUUCUUAUUACACAACGAAAAGAACGUGCAUUGACAGAUUUUUGUCGAGAGCCACGGCAUUACCAUUACACUUAUUCUUAUUUAUUUUAAAUAUCUGCUGUAAAGAGAACGGAUGUGUGGACUUUGUAACCUUUACGAAAGCAUGACGAAUAUGUUGAAUGGAAAUAUCGCAUUAACCUCAAGAAUAAUUUAUUCCGAAAAAUAUGGUGAAAUCGUCAAUAGAUAAUAUAUUUUAGACGGCGCGAGAUUAAUACUAGUUGAUUCUAAGAACAGGUCUCGGCGUGCAUGCCCAUGUAAACUUGAGAGAUGGCAGAAAAGGGUGCUCAUUUGACUGGAACCGCAUACAUCAGGCCUUCUAUCUUUGAAAUUGUCGCGCAGGAAUCGCUCGCGUCUAUCCUCGAACCAUCCUUUAAAAAGAUCCUUUCGUUUCUCGUUUCUUUUAAUCCUGAGAGAUAUGGACAUGUUCUUGAGUGGGCAGAUGAGGCCUAUUUAAUUUUCAAUGCAUUUCUUCAACGAUAUUAUCUAAAGAGAUAUUCUGCAACAUUUUCUGAAACAUUUUAUGGUUUGAAGCGCGUUGCAGUAGUCGAUUCUAAACUUAAAGGAAAUUUAUCACAUAAGCAACAAACACUAUCAUUGAUAUUAAUUGUAAUAUUUCCAUAUCUAAAAAGUAAACUUGCACAAAUCAGUUCGAGAUAUAAACUUGAAGAAGUAGAUGGUCAAGUAUCAAGAGAGAGAGGACGGACAUUCUUCCGUAAAUACAUUAUUAAAGGACAUUCGAUUCUUUUUAUAACAUACGAAUCGCUCGUACUAUAUAAUUAUAUACUUUACAUAUCGGAAAAAUCAGUAUAUCCAUCACCUUUGCUAAGAUUACUGUCUGUUACAUUGACAUACGCCGAUCCACACACUGCUCUUACUAUCACAGAAUUGUUAAGAAAGAUAAAAUACAAUUCAUUUACUAUUGGUGAUGGAUGGAACAUAGUUCAAAGAAUUGUCACUGGAUCCCUCGAAUUGGGAGCUUUUUUCCUACAAUUCCUCUCAUGGUGGACCCAGGAAAAUUAUAAUAUGGAUAUUAUGAGUCUUCCAGCUCCGCCACCUCCAAAAGUGCCAAAUGUUGCACAGCAAUACAAAGGAAUUUGCCCGCUUUGUCGUAAACCUCAUCGUAUACAUACAGUGCUUAUGGUAUCUGGUUAUGUUUUUUGCUAUCAAUGUAUUUUAUCGGAAAUACGGAAAAACAAGAGAUGUCCGGUGACGCAUUAUCCUGCCAAAGAAGAUGAUUUAAUACGUCUGUAUAUAGAAUAA